GAAUAUCAUUUAAAUUUCUUACAAAAUUUGGUAUCCGAAAAAUAUAUAGAUGUUAUAUUUUGGAAGAAGCCGUCUAAAUUAUAUAAUGAUGUUCAUUUCAUAGUCAAUCCUAUGGACUUAGAACUAUUCAAAGAAAGGACUCGUCAUUUCAAACUGCAAACACAAGUGUUAUUAACAGAUGUGCAAAGUGCAUUCGAUUCCCAGAAUAUGAAAAAGUACGUGACACCCAAAGUUGAUUCAUUCAAUUGGGAGUACUAUCACACAUUGGAAGAUAUUUAUCAAUGGAUGUCAGAUUUAGCAGUCCAAAAUCCUGAACGAGUCGAACUUCGUACUAUUGGUCAAUCUGUUGAAGGGAGAGACAUUCAAGCGGUUUUAAUUAAGAAAGAAAAGGGUAAAGCUAACGUGAUUAUUGACGGUGGUAUGCACGGAAAUGAAUGGAUAUCCACCGUCUUUGUGACAUUUUUGAUAAAAAGACUUGUAUAUGCUAAGGGCGAGGAUGAUAUACUGUAUGAUCUGGCCAAUAAAUAUCACUGGUACUUAAUACCGGUAGUGAAUCCUGAUGGUUUCGACUAUAGUAUCAAACAUGAUCGCCUGUGGCGCAAAAAUAGAAGGAUAUUCAGUACGGGUGAAGGAGUUGAUUUGAAUAGAAACUUUGAACACAAUUUUGGAAAAUACGGUACCAGUGCCAACGUAAAAGACGAUAAUUACGGUGGUACAGAACCCUUCUCAGAACCCGAAUCGAAAGCUCUAGCCGGAUUUAUAACAAGUAAACGGGAUCGUUUGAAAUUUUAUAUCUCGUUUCAUGCAUAUGGUCAAAAAAUUAUAAUACCCUACGACGAUAGAGUGCAACACGUUGAAAAUUUUUCGGAAAUGGAUAACUACGCGAAGCAAGCAAUAUUACGAAUGUAUAGGUUGAAUGGAGUAAAAUAUGGUGUUGGUACUAUAUAUGAUACGUUAGGUUUACGUGCCUCUGGAAGUAGUACAACUUGGGUGAAGAAAAAUUUCAAAACAAAAUAUGUGAUAACAUUUCUUUUACGCGACAACGGGAGUUACGGUUAUGCGCUACCAAACGAGCAGAUAAGGCCAACCUGCGAAGAGACCUUGCAAGGUCUUGUUGAACUGAUGACUGCUCGCCCCAGACGUAUUCGUUCAGACUUGUUCAAUGCGGCCCAAAAACCUGGGAACACAAUUAAAUCAUAG